AUGUGGAGUCCCAUUUCGAAACAUUGCCACACCAUAAGCAUUCUGUAUCUGAGAGAUGAGGUGUUAGUUAAUCAAAAAGGGAGAACAGAAGAAAAGGAUGCUAUCCAACAAUUUGCUGAAAUUCUUUGUGCUAGGCAAAUUAGUGACUCGCUUCCUAGGCCUGAACCAGAAGUCUUCAAAGGUGACAUACUUCAGUAUUCAAUAAAGAAAUUACAUGAGUGGCCAAGGAUUCCUCUGAAUGAAGGAUCAGCUUUGAUGGAAUUUUCUGAUUUCUUGGAGACAUGCAAGACAGCAGUAAGUAAUAUUCAAUAUUUGAAUAUAUUAAAUGAUCCCAAAGAUAAUCAGAGAAUAUUACAAAAACUGCCACAUCCUAUAGUUGAAAGAUGGAAUACAAUUGUUGAUAGAGAGCUAUAUAAAGCCAGUGAACUUGAUGAUGAGAGUGAUGAUGGUUUAUUAUAUUUAGCAGAAUUUCCCUCUUUCAUGAAAUGUACAUUUGUAAGAAAAGAAGCUCCAAAGGCAUGCGACCCAAUAACUUCAAUCACUGCAGUUCAAGAUAAAGGUGUUAGAGAUAAUUUAACUAGAGGACACAUAUCAAGAUAUUGCCAUCGAAGGAGCAAAUGCAAAACUUGUAAUAGAUUACAUCCUACUUCUCUCCAUGAUGAUGCACUAAUACAAAAGAACAGAUGGGAGUCUGAAAAUAAAGUUCAAGUUAAGGAACAAGAAAAAGAGGCUGUUUCUAAUACAAUUAAAGUUAACAAGUGUAUUGCUAUGGAUGUUAACUCGAUGAUAGUUCCUGUGUGGUUGCACCAUAAAAGUGACGAGCAGAAAAAAGUCUUGGUGUAUGCAUUACUUGAUGAUCAGUCUGAUGUAUGUUUUAUUAAAAACAGUGCUCUAGGUAAGUUAGGCAUUGGUGGAACAAAGGUUCAUCUAAGAUUAGCUACUAUGAAUGGUGAACAAACUGUUACAUGCUCUAAAACUUGUGGUCUAAUUGUAAAGGGUGUGUAUAAAAAUAGAGAUAUACCAUUGCCUCAUACUUAUUCUAGAGAAAUAAUUCCUUGCAGGCGAGAUCAAAUACCAAGACUUGAAACUGCCAGAGAGUGGCCACAUUUGGAAAGAAUAGUUGAGAAACUAAUGCCUUACAAUGAUGAUGUAGAAGUAGGACUCCUGAUUGGUCUUAAUUGUAUUAAGGGAAUUAAGCCAAAGGAAAUCAUUACUGGCAAUGACAAUGAUCCCUAUGCAAAACGAACUGAUCUUGGUUGGGGCAUUGUAGGUAAAGUCAGAGGUAUUGAUCCAAAGGAGGUAGAUGUAGUCACAGUACACAGAACAAUGAUUCAAGAAGUAAUAAUUAACCAUGAGAAAAAAUGUUGUCUUCUCACAGUGCCUACAAAGGUUAAAGAGAUUAUUAAUCCUGAGCAAAAAGGUUAUGCAGAACCAAUCCCAAAGGAAGAAUUAAGUAAGGAUGAUGGCAAAGUUUGGUAUAUUCCACAUCAUGGUGUUUACCAUCCCAAAAUGCCAGGAAAAAUAAGAGUAGUUUUUGACUGCAGUGCUCGGUAUCACAAUGUAUCACUGAAUGAUAAUCUUUUGAAAGGUCCAGACUUAACAAAUAAUCUUACAGGAGUACUGUGUAGAUUUCGCCAAGAACCAGUAGCAUUUAUUUGUGACAUCAAGCAAAUGUACCAUCAAGUUGAAGUUGAAUGUCAGAACAGAGAUUUACUUAGGUUCUUGUGGUGGAAAAAUGGUAAUUUAGAAGAUGAAAUAAUGGAAUUUAGAAUGACAGUUCAUCUUUUUGGAGCCACUUCAUCUCCUAGUGUUGCAAACUUUGCAUUAAAGAUGGUAGCAGAUCAGUAUGAAAAAGACUAUGGUCAUGAGACAGCCAAAUUUGUCAGGGAUAAUUUUUAUGUAGAUGAUGGGUUAAUGUCAGUGUCAACAGUAGCUGAAGCUAUUAAUUUGAUUGACAAAAGAAAGAAAAUACUCCAGGAUUUAUGUAGGGGUAAAGUACAAUGGGAUGAUCCUGUGCCUGAUCACAUUAAACCCUUGUGGGAAAAAUGGAGAAAUGAAUUAUGUGAGUUGCAGAACCUUAAGUUGUCAAGAUGUUAUAAACCAGAAGGCUUUGGAGAAGUUAUAUCAGUAGAGUUACACCAUUUUAAAGAUGCCUGCAAGAUGGCUAUGGACAGUGUUCAUAUAUUAGAUUUGUUAAUGUUAAUGAUGAAGUUCAUUGUUCUUUAG